AUGACUGCUAAGUGGUACAAGCGAGUGUUUUCCGUCGGCUCGCACGCCGUGACUACCUACAAUCCCAGCACCCUUGAAGUUACUAAUCAGAAUCUGAGAUGUAUAAUCUGUCAUCCCACCAGAUUUCAGAUGGACCAUGCCAAAUCUAACUUAAUCUGGAAUUAUAAAACGAGGGAAGAAUUGCGAGAUGCGUUUGAAGCGGAGAUGAGAGCGUUUAACAUCGACAGGGAGCUGGGCAGUGCCAGUGUCAUCUCAUGGAAUCACCAGGAGUUUGAGGUUAAGUACGAUUGCCUCGUGGAUGAAAUCAAAAUUGGGGAUUACUAUCUGCGCCUGCUUCUGGAAGAAGGGGAGAAUGAGGAGACUGGUGCCAUCAAGAGAUCGUAUGAAUUUUUCAAUGAGUUGUAUCAUCGCUUCCUGCUUACCCCGAAAGUGAAUAUGAAGUGUUUAUGUUUACAAGCUUUGACCAUUGUCUACGGCAAAUGCUAUGAGGAGAUAGGACCCUUCAGUGAUACCAAAUACAUUGUCGGAAUGCUGGACAGGUGUACGGACAAACUCGAGAGGGAUCGACUCAUUCUUUUCCUCAACAAACUGAUUCUUAACAAGAAAAAUGUGAAGGAGAUCAUGGAUUCGACUGGAGUGCGAACUCUUGUGGACCUGUUAACCCUGGCUCACCUCCACACAAGCAGAGCCACCGUCCCACUGCAGAGCAACGUUAUUGAAGCAGCGCCUGACAUGAAGAGGGAAAGUGAAAAGGAGUGGUACUUCGGCAACGCGGACAAGGAGAGACUGGGCCCUUAUAGCUUUGAAGAGAUGAAGGAGUUUUGGAAGGAUGGGGUGCUGACACCCAAGACCCGCUGCUGGGCCCAGGGGAUGGAUGGCUGGCGGACUCUACAGAGCAUCCCACAGCUGAAGUGGUGUCUCCUGGCCUACGGGCAAUCGGUGCUCAACGAGACUGACCUGGCCACGCUGAUCCUCAACAUGCUCAUCACCAUGUGUGAAUACUACCCCAGCAGGGAUCAAGAUAAUGCUAUUAUCAGACCUCUUCCCAGGAUAAAGAGGCUGCUGACGGACAAUACAUGCCUUUCUCACAUCGUUCAGCUUUUGGUGACGUUUGACCCGAUCCUGGUUGAGAAGGUUGCGAUCUUGUUGCACUACGUGAUGCAGGACAACCCCCAGCUGCCCCGCUUCUACCUCACUGGAGUGUUCUUCUUCAUCAUGAUGUACACGGGCUCCAACGUGCUGCCCAUCGCCAGGUUUUUGAAGUAUACUCACUUGAAGCAGGCGUUCAGGUCAGAGGAGUCAAAAGGGCACGAUCUAGUACAACGGAGUGUCCUGGGACACAUUCUUCCCGAAGCCAUGGUCUGUUACUUGGAAAACUAUGAACCGGAAAAGUUUUCGGAGAUCUUCCUGGGUGAAUUUGAUACGCCAGAAGCAAUUUGGAGCAAUGAAAUGAGGCGAUUAACCAUUGAGAAGAUUGCUGCUCAUUUAGCAGACUUUACCCCACGCUUACAAAGCAACACAAGAGCCUUGUAUCAGUACUGCCCGAUCCCCGCCAUCAGCUACCCUCAACUGGAAAAUGAGCUGUUCUGUAACAUCUACUACCUUAAACAUCUCUGUGACACCGUGCGAUUCCCCGACUGGCCCAUCAAAGAUCCAGUGAGAUUGCUGAAAGACACGCUGGACGCUUGGAAGAAAGAAGUGGAAAAGAAGCCGCCUUCAAUGUCGAUCGAAGAGGCGUACGAUGUGCUGAACCUCCCGAAGGGCCAAGGAAUGCAGGAUGAGAGCAAGAUAAGGAAAGCUUACUUCCGCCUUGCACAGAAGUACCACCCCGACAAGAAUCCCGAAGGAAGGGACAUCUUUGAAAAGGUGAAUAAAGCCUAUGAAUACUUGUGCACAAAGUCGGCCAAGGCGGUGGACGGGCCUGAUCCCGAGAACAUCAUCCUUAUCUUGAAAACACAGAGCAUCCUCUUCAACAGAUACAAAACGGAUCUGGAGCCCUAUAAAUAUGCAGGAUACCCAAUGUUGAUCAAGACCAUCACGAUGGAGACUUCAGACGAUAAGAUGUUCUCCAAGGUGUCCUUGCUGCCCGCUUCCACAGAGUUGGCCUUCCACACUGUCAACUGCUCAGCACUCAACGCUGAGGAACUGCGCAGAGAGAACGGGAUAGAGGUGCUGCAGGAUGGCUUUGCUCGCUGUGUGGCGGUGUUAACAAACUCCAGCAAGAAGGACGACAUGGCAGUGCAGGUCUGCGGCCACAUCUGCCAGUGCUACAGCGUCGCUGCACAGUUUGAGGAGUGCCGGGAAAAGAUCACGGAAAUGCCCACCAUCAUCAGAGACCUCUGUAGACUGCUCUACUACGGCAAGACGUUACCGCGGACAGCGAUGCUGGCGGUCGAGUGCGUGGGCUCCUUCGCCGUGGAUUACUGGUUACAGACCCACUUGUUCCAAGCUGGUAUUUUGUGGCAUCUCCUCGUCUACCUCUUCAACUACGACUACACGCUGGAAGAAAGUGGCAUUCAAAAGUCUGAAGAAACCAAUCAGCAGGAAGUGUCGAACUGUCUGGCAAAAUUCUGUGUGUCUGCGCUGAGUCGACUGGGCGGUUACUUGUCGGAGGAAAACGGGACACCGGAAAAUCCCACCAUCAGGAAGUGUCUGGCAGCGUUGCUCUCGCCCUAUGUCUCCAGAAGGCUUUCCAAAGACGGCCCGGCCGAGAUCCUCAAAAUGCUGAACAGCAACACGGAAAACCCGUACUUAAUCUGGAGCAACGGCACUCGCGCUGAGCUGCUGGAGUUCCUGCAGGAGCAGCAGGAGAGCAUGAUCAAACGGGGGGACUGCGAUAAGAAUUACGGUGCGGAGUUUGUUUUCAGCGAACACGCCAAGGAGCUUAUUGUCGGUGAGAUCUUUGUCCGGGUCUACAAUGAACAGCCAGCAUUCCCCUUGGAGUUGCCCAAGGAAUUUGCAGGCAGCCUGCUGGACUAUGUGGGUUCCCAAGCCCAGUACCUGCACACACUGAUGGCCAUCACACAGACGGGGAAGGUGGAAUCUGAUCAACAUGAGCACAGGUUGAGAACAGCUGAAAUGGCUUUGGAGGCGCUGCGUAACGUCAUCAAAAACAACCCAGGUGCUGAAAUGGAAUGCAUUGGUCACUUUAAGUUAAUCUUCUCCCUCCUACGGGUGCACGGAGCUGGGCAGGUCCAACAGCUCGCCUUGGAGGUGGUGAACAUAGUGACGGCCAACCAAGAAUGUGUCAAUAACAUUGCCGAAUCUCUGGUCCUCUCCAACCUCCUGGUUCUGCUGCAUUCGCUGCACUCCAGUCGCCUGCUCGUUCUUGAAACUCUCUACGCUCUGACAUCAAAUACAAAGAUCAUAAAAGAAGCCAUGGGGAAAGGUGCCCUGGUGUAUCUUCUAGACAUGUUUUGUAAUUCAACGCAUCCUCAGGUUCGAGCCCAAACUGCAGAGCUCUUUGCCAAAAUGAUCACAGAUAAGCUUGUUGGACCAAAGGUGAGGAUAACUUUGACCAAGUUUCUACCCGGCGUGUUCAUGGACGCUAUGCGGGACAAUCCUGAGGCAUCGGUCCAUAUAUUUGAGGGGACGCAUGAAAACCCGGAGCUGAUCUGGAAUGACAACUCCAGGGAGAGAGUGGCUACGACCGUUCGGGAAAUGAUGCUCGAGCACUUCAAGCAUCAAUGUGACAACCCAGAUGUAAACUGGAAGCUGCCCGAGGACUUCACCAUUGUCCACGGCGAAGCUAGCGAUGAAUUGUCCGUUGGAGGAGUCUUCCUGAGGAUUUUUAUUGCGCAGCCAGGUUGGGUUCUUCGAAAGCCCAGGGAGUUCCUUGUCGCAUUGCUGGAGAAAUUAACGGACCUUCUGGAAGCAAGUAAUCCUAACGGUGAAACGUUAGAGCUGGUGACCACGGCCUCCGUCUGCCUGUUCCACUCGCAACCCCAGUUGGCAGACCAAGUGCCGCCCCUGGGGCACCUUCCCAAAGUCAUUACCGCUCUGAACAACCAGAAUAACGCCAUCCCCAAGUCUUCAAUCCGCCUCAUUCACGCGCUCUCCGACAACGAGUUGUGUGUGCGAGCUAUGGCGACAAUGGAGACCAUCGGGCCACUGAUGAACGGGAUGAAGAUUCGAUCGGACAUGAUCGGCCUCGCCUCGGAGUCUCUCAACCGCAUGUUUCAGAAGGAGCAGACUGACCUGGUGGCUCAGGGUCUGAAGGUGGAGUUGGUGCCAUAUCUGCUGCAGCUGUUGGAAGGAGUAGGACUUGAGAAGGUAGAAAACCCAGCCGCCACGAAGGCCCAGAUAGUCAAUGCACUGAAAUCAAUGACUCGCAGCCUGCAGCACGGUGAACAGGUAAAUGAAAUCCUGAGUCGUUCAACUGUGUGGAGUGCCUUUAAAGAUCAGAAGCAUGAUCUAUUCAUUUCUGAGUCGCAAACGUCAGGAUAUCUUACAGGUCCUGGGAUUGCUGGCUAUCUUACUUCGGGAACAAUGUCGGCGGUCAUUCCGAGCGGACCUCCACCCGUGGACAGUGAAGGGGUCGAUGUGUGCCGAUAAGAGAGUAGGCCGACACUCCUCGCCUUGAAGAUGACGUACAUCAGUCACAGUUGUGAACCAUCCUCCGGAGUAAAGUGUUGUACACAACUACAAAAGAAGUUGAUUCUUGUUGCAUUCAGAAUGUAAUCUUGCAUUUUAUUUGUAAAGGCGGUAAAUUUUAUACAACCGAUCAACAUGUUCCAUUCAAAAUGGCAUUGUUCACGAAUGGAAAGUUUCGAGAUUUUUUCAAGUACCCAAAUCUUUACUUUUUGCACUUAAUAUAUCGGACUGUGAGUCUAAAUACUGGAUCGUUUUUGUUUAAUUUUACAGUUUUUAGUUUUCAGUUUGUGGGGAGAACAGGAGUUAAUAUCUCUGCAGCUGGCCAACUAUCUGCCUGCUACUUUAAAAUAAAACGUGACAGUAAGAUUUUUUUUUUGUUUUGGUUUGAGAAACAACUUUGGCGUAGACUAAACCGAUUUCUGAUUAGGCCAUGGACCACGAUUCCUCCACCGGCUGAUCUUUAAUGAGCCUGCCCGAUUGAAAACCUUGUAAAACAUUUGUAUAACUGUUUCCAGUUUCUGAGGGGUGCCUCGGAAAAUAAAGUAUUAACUUGAACAUUCAUAUAAAUACCUACUGUAAUUGUGACCUGUGCUAUACAAUACCAAUGUGUAAACUUUCUAUAUUUGAAUGUACAUUAGUAAAUUGGUCAUUGUACAUAAAAUUUUAAGAAUAAAGUGCAAAGGGAAUUAGCAUU